UUAUAACCAUGGCAACAUUUUGAACUGAAUGUCAGUGUCACUGUCACACUUCGGUUCGGCAGCAAAAGUGUCAAAAUCAAAAUAAAUGCAAGAAAUAUAAAAAAUUUUUGAAUUAGUGAAGGAAUUGUUUUUUAUAGGUGUAAAUAUAGAGGGUCUAGCAUAUGUUAAAAUUAAAAAUGCGUAUUAAGUUAUAAAAAUGCCUAUACCUCCCGUGAAUUAUAGUGUGCCGCCGCCGCGGCUGAACAUGCCCCCGCCGGCGGUGCCUUCGCUGUCCGUGCCACCUCCGUCGGCGCCAUUACUGUCUGUGCGUCCACCAUCGGCACCUCUCCCAGCGGCGCCCCCGCUGUCUGUGCCACCACCGACGGGCCCCCCGCUUUCCGUGCCUCCACCGACGGCGCCUCCGCUUUCUGUGCCUCCACCGUCAGUGCCGCCUCUGGUGCAGAUGUCGAUGCCCCCGCCACAGCUCUUCCAACACCCACCACCGUAUUCUAGACCUCCUUUACCCCCAUUGGACAAGCCUCCACCAUUACCAAUCACUAACUUGCCUCCACUAAAUAUACCACCGCCGUCAGUGACGGCGUUUCCUCCUCCUGCAGUGCCACCACCGUUUCCACCGCCUACAGGGGCUGCAUUCCACUCUCCAGACUUUUCCAAUCCACCUCCAACACUAAAAGAUAAAUUGGUCAACCCAAAUGAAUCUAAGUCAGUACAAGACACUCCAACAACAUCUAAAGUUAGUGAUAGGGUUUAUUAUGACUCCAAAAACCAUUCUUCAUCAUCAAGAUCAAGAUAUGAUUCACCUCCAAGGUAUAGAGGUAAAAGUCAUGAUAGAGAAGGAAGCCAUCGCAAAUCAAGUCCUACUCAUAGUACCUCAAGCUACAGUCGAAGCAGGCACAGCCGGAGUCCUUCAAGACAUAGUCACAGAGACAGAGAUGACUACAGGGAAAGAGACAGACGUAGAGAGAGCAGCAGAGAUAGAUGUAGAGAAAGUAGUCACAGAGAUAAAGAAUUGGAAAAAGAAAGAUAUUAUAGAGAAAAAUAUGAAAGGGAAAGGAUGAGGCAUGAGCAUGAAAGGCGGCACAGUCCAUCCCAUUACCGGGAUAGCAGUCACAGUAGGAGAUCACCUUCUAGGCACAGUCACCGGUCACCUAGUAGACAUGGUGGCCGUUCACCCAGUAGGCAGAGCCACAGGUCACCCAGUAGACACAGCCAUAGGUCGCCUAGCAGAUACAGUCAUAGAUCACCCAGCAGACACAGCCAUAGGUCACCUAGUAGAUACAGUCAUCGGUCACCCAAUAGACAUAGUCUCAGGUCACCCAGUAGAGAUUCACGUUACCGGAGCCAUGCUAGGGAUGUAUCCCCAAGGUCCCGGCAUGAGGCUUUGCCAAAGAAACCACUUACUGACAGAGAGAAGAUUCUAGAAGAAUACAGGAAAAAUUACUGUCAAACUUCAGAAGACCUAAUUGAGAAAAUUGAGAAAUGGUCCAAAGAAAAACAGGAAGAGGAAGAGACCCCAAAAAUGUGGUACAGGAGCUCUCCAGCAGAAUUGUACUAUAUACCAAUUGAAGGGGGUGUGAAGCAAACACCGAAACUAGAGAAGAUAUGUGAUGCAUUCUUCACUAAAGUGAUUGAAAGAGGAAGGAAAGCUAGACCUGAAGUGGAUGAACUGCCCCCCCUGAAAGCGCCAAAGGCAAAAAUGUGCAAGCAUAGAUUGGAUGAAAAGAGUUCAUCGUCGUCAUCAUCAGAGAGUGAAGAGAGUUUAGACGAAGAUGGGCUGCAGGGCUACACGGACCGGAUCAUGGUGGAACUACAGAGGAAACAGAGCCAUCCUAGGAGGCUGCAUCCAGAAAUGUGGUUCAACAACACUGGCGAGAUGAACGGCGGCCCACUCUGCCGCUGCAGCGCCCGCGCGCGUCGCCACGGCAUGCGGCACGGCGUGUACGCGGGCGAGCGGCGCUUCCCGAAGUGCAGGCCCGACCACAGCAACCUCGACAAGCUGUACCAUUACAGGAUAACCGUGUCCCCGCCAACCAACUUCCUGAUCAAAGCCCCCACCAUCAUCGGCCACGACGAGCACGAGUUCCUCUUCUCCGGCUUCUCCAUGUUCUCCCACUACAGGCUGGCGAAGCUACCCACCUGCAAGGUUAUAAGGUUCAAUAUCGAGUACACGAUAUUGUACGUCGAGGAACCCGCGCCGCAGAAUUUUACUGUGAGGGAGCUGGAUUUGUUUGAGGACUUCCUGUUCAUGGAACUGCUGGAGCUGGUGGACCUGGACUUGGGCAAAGCAACAGAGAACUCGUGCUCGCAAUUCCAUUUCUUGCCACGUUUCGUGCGGUUCCUGCCUGAGGGUGGUUGCGAGGUGUUGUCAAUGUGCGAGGUGCUGAAGUAUCUUCUAGACCAAAGCGGGCUACUGAUUCCCCCCGAGGAGUUGGAGAAUUUCCACAGCAUGGACCAUUACACGUGGCAAAAGUUUGUGGAUAGAAUUAAAGGGAUGAUAGUGACGUAUCCGGGCAAAAAGCCAUGCUCGGUGCGCGUGGACCAACUAGACCGCAGUCCGCCGGUCGGAGCCAAGGACACCAAGUCCAAGACCUUCUACCCCGAGAUCGUGCACUUCGGCAUACGACCCCCACAGCUAAGCUACGCUGGCAACCCGGAAUAUCAAAAAGCUUGGCGUUACUACGUCAAGUACCGGCACCUGAUCGCCAACAUGGCCAAGCCUUCGUUCAAGGAGCGCCAGAAACUCGCCGCCAAAGAGGCUAAGCUCCAGGAAAUGAGGACGCAGAGUAAAAUGAAGAGAGAUGUCACUGUGGCUAUAUCUUCGGAGGGCUUCCACACCACCGGCCUCAUGUGUGAUAUAGUUCAGCACGCCAUGCUGAUCCCAGUAUUAGUUCGCCAUCUCCGCUUCCACAAAUCCCUGGACAGUCUCGAAGAAAAAAUGGGUUAUGUGUUCAAACAACGAGCAUUGCUCCAAACGGCGUUAACCCAUCCAUCGUAUAGGGAAAACUUCGGGACCAAUCCUGACCAUGCGAGGAAUAGUCUUACUAACUGCGGUAUAAGGCAGCCAGAGUAUGGGGAUCGGAGGAUACAUUAUACCAGGAAGAAGGGUAUCGUAACCCUAAUCAAUAUAAUGUCCCGUUUUGGCAAGCACAGCGAAACAGAGUCUGAGAUAAAACACAACGAACGACUCGAGUUCUUAGGCGAUGCCGUCGUGGAGUUCCUGUCGUCGAUACAUCUGUUCAGGAUGUUCCCUGGCUUGGCAGAAGGCGGUCUGGCAACGUACCGCGCUUCUAUAGUGCAGAAUCAGCACUUGGCUAAGUUGGCUAAGAACAUCGAGCUGGAGCAGUUCAUGCUGUACGCGCACGGCUCGGACCUGUGCCGCGACGUGGUGAUGCGGCACGCGAUGGCCAACUGCUUUGAGGCGCUCAUGGGCGCGCUCUUCUUAGACGGAGCGCUUCAGGUCGCAGACCGCGUGUUUUCUCUAGCGCUGUGGUACAACGAGUCAGAUUUAUUAGAAGUUUGGAAUAAGGAACGCGCGCACCCGCUGCAAGAGCAAGAGCCGCUCGGCGACCGCAAGUACAUCAGGGACUUCAAAUUCCUGCAGAAGCUUACAGAGUUCGAGGACUCUAUAGGGGUCCAGUUCAAGCACAUCCGGCUGCUGGCGCGCGCGUUCACGGACCGCUCCGUGGGCUUCACGCACCUCACGCUCGGCUCCAACCAGCGCCUGGAGUUCCUGGGCGACACCGUGCUGCAGCUGGUCGUCUCCGACCGCCUCUACCGGCACUUCCCCGACCACCACGAGGGCCACUUGUCGUUGCUGCGUUCGUCGCUAGUAAACAACCGCACACAAGCCAUGGUAUGCGACGACCUGAACAUGUCAGAAUACGCCAUCUAUAACAACCCGAAAGCCAAACCCACAACUAAGAAGCACAAGGCUGACCUUCUUGAGGCUUUCCUCGGGGCGCUGUAUAUCGAUAAAAACCUCGACUACUGCCAGGCGUUCUGCAACGCUUGCCUGUUCCCUCGCCUGCAGGAGUUCAUCCUUAAUCAGGACUGGAACGACCCCAAGAGCAAACUGCAGCAGUGCUGCCUCACGCUGCGGUCCAUGGAGGGCGGCGAGCCAGAUAUACCGCUAUACAAGGUGAUCGAGUGCCUGGGCCCGACCAACACGCGCGUGUACACGGUGGGCGUGUACUUCCGCGGCGCCCGGUUGGCGGCGGCGCGCGGACACUCCAUCCAGGAGGCCGAGAUGAACGCGGCCGAGCAGGCGCUGGCCUGCGCCCACGAGCUCUUUCCUCAAUUGGAUCAUCAGAAGCGAGUGAUAGCGAAGAGCAUGAAACGAAAGAAGAGAUCGGACAGCCCCCAAGAGAGUGCCGCGUCCCACAAGCGUAAACGACUCGAGGACCGCGUACCUAAGGCCUAUAGGCUCGACAAACCAUCCGAUUCCGAAUCUGAAGAUAGCAGCGGUCUCUCUCUUUCAGAAGACGAGGAAAAGAGCGAGCCUAAGUCAGAUGAUGACUCUGGACUCGAUAGCGACGCUGAAUCGAUCAGCCAGGACAAGUUGGAGAACGUGCAAGUUAGUAGCUUAGUUAGUGAUAUGGAGAAAAUUAAAGAGGAUCUGAUAAGGAGGAAUGAGUAUGACAAGCUCAAAGAGAAGUGUCGGCAAUCGGACUCGGAUGAAGAGUGAAUCUUUUGUAGUUUUAUGUUAAGUAGGAACAAUGUAAUUUGCCCUAAAGGGCGGCUGAUAACCUAGUAGAUAAAAGGCGAUUUACGUGGUACGAUUAUUAUAACAAAAGCAAAAAUAUACUAAAAUUGUGAUUUACACGUACGAUAUUGAGUCUCGAAGGUCUAUUAUCACCUCGCUUUCGAUGAAUGAACGACUCCGAGUAAGCUCACUUAGAUGCACGCGAACUCGAAUGCGAAUUUAGUUACACUGCGAACUAGAGGUUACAUCCAAAUCAACAAAAAGCGAAUAUUACAGCAACAACAAAAUACAAUACAACAACAACAAUACACAAUACAAUACAACAACAAUACACAAUAAUAUGGUGACAAUAACGGUCGUGACACUCAAAAUGUCGCACAAUAGGUGUGUUGUAUCGGCCCGCUACAGUAGACGGGAUGAGGUUGGAGCUGGCCCGCACUGUGCAGAGCAACGAGGCAAUUCUCUUUCGUAU